AUGGCUUUGGCUGGUCGUAUCAGAUCCGGAAUCUCCUUCUUCAAGAACAUCUCCGUCUCUGAUUCCGUCUCUUCUGCUAGAUCUCACUCCCGUGGAGCGCCCCUUAUCCCCUCGUUGAGAGAUUAUGCAACAGCUUCUGCUCAGAAAACAGGCAAUGUGAAGGUUCCUGUGGCUUUAGUUGGUGAAAAUGGGAACUUUGCUUCGUGGCUAUACAUUGCAGCUGUGAAAAUGAAUUCCUUGGAGAAGAUUGAGUCUGAUCUUUCUGAAUUGGUUGAGGCUAUGAAGACAAGCCCUACUUUUUCACAGUUUACUAAAGAUCCCUCUGUUCCUAGAGAGACAAGACUCGCUGCUAUUGUUGAUGUUUGUGAUAAAGCCAAGUUUGCUGAACCCACCAAGAACUUCCUAUCUUUGUUAGCUGAGAACGGGAAGCUGAAGAAUUUAGACGUGAUUGUGAAAAAGUUUAUGCAGCUGACAACAGCACAUAGAGGAGACGUCAAGGUUUUGGUUACCACAGUUAUGCCGCUUCCCCCUGCUGAGGAGAAGGAGUUGAAGGAGACACUCCAGGAGAUAAUCGGAGAAGGGAAGAAAGUAACUGUGGAGCAAAAGAUUGAUCCAAGUAUCUAUGGAGGGCUAAUAGUAGAGUUUCAACAAAAGGUGUUGGACAUGUCUAUCAGGACUAGGGCACAGCAGAUGGAGAGGCUCCUCCGUGAACCUGUUGACCUCAACAACCUUUGA